AUGGGAUGUUGAGUCAAAAGGCAGAAGAGGCUGUGGAGCCUAGAGCCCUGUAAGAUUUAGUAGAAGAGGGUUUCUAAAUUGUGGCUUUUUAAAAGACUCCUCCCUUAAUGGUAUGGAACCAACUUGACCUGUGAUUUUGAGCAACAUUUUAAAGAGCUAGUAUGGUAAUAAUUUGCAUGUUUGAGGUCAGAUUUGUUCUCCUGCAUUGUAAGACUCCUGAUUUGUGACCAGCUAGAAUUACAACCAUGUUUCAUUAAAAGUGCUAAUGAGCACCCAGGACUCUGAAGACAGCAGUUUUGUGCAAGGUAAGAAUGUUCCUUAAAGAAGCUGAUGGAGGAUAGAGCUCCAGAGUUCCUGGCAGACACUGACAGCGUAAGAUGGCACGGUAGUCUAGUCUGAAAUUGAUUCUAAUGCAUAAAGGAUAUAAACGGUAAUCCCAGAGGACCAUCUGUCCUGGAGCAGACAUUGGAACUGAGCUGCUAUGUGACUGAAGGACUGAGUGCAUGUCAGAUGGUCUUUCCAAUCCCGCUGUUAUGGAGUCAAUGGAUGACGCUGAAGGACAACAAGGACAGCUGAACAGGAAGGAGCACUCCCUCAAAACCUCCCAGAAAACAGCACUGGUUGGUUGGGCUGCCCGGUGGAAUGGAUUAAUGCCUGGAGACAGCAUGUAUCUGUUUGUCCUCUCACAGAUACUGCUUCUCUGCAUGAUGCUGUGGUACAGCACUUAUGGGACCAUCCCAGCAGCUCAGAAUGCCAUUGGCCUGCUGUCUUACUUGCUUACCCCGUUUAAGCAGUUUUUGUCAGAUCAAGGGGAGGACCUGACUAGAAUCGGGAGCAUUGUGGUAUCAUACAUCCUGCUGUCUUUAGCUUCCCUAGGACUGUUAUUUGUAGGAUCUCUGUCUGAACAGCCCCAAAUCUCUCAGCCUGUCCUCAUAGGAGAGGUGCUCCAGCCGUUGGAUCAUUUCUGUGGCCCUUGUCUGGACCCACUCCAACUGUCCAUGUCUUUCCUGUGCUGGGGGCCCCAGAGCUGGAUGCAGCACUCCAGGUGGGGUCUCACCAGAGCAGAGCUGAGGGUGAGAAUCACCUCCCCCGAGUUUUGGCACCUACUCAGAGCCCGUCCAGACCCCCCCUUUCCACUACAAGAGGACAGACGCCAAUCUGUGAGCCGGCAGCCUUCAUUCACGUACUCAGAGUGGACAGAGGAUAAAAAUGAGGAUGACUUCCUAGAUUUGGAUCCUGUACCGGAGACUCCGGUCUUUGACUGCGUAAUGGACAUUAAAGUGGAGACAGAUCCAGCUACUCUAACGGUUAAAUCCGUGGGCUUGCAAGAAAGGAGAGGUUCAAAUGUUUCACUCACACUGGAUAUGUGUACCCCAGGCUGUUCUGAGCAGGGUUUUGGCUAUGUCAUGUCACCACGGGAACAGUCAGCCCGAGAAUACCUCCAGACAGCAUCCAACAUCCUUACUGAAGAGGAACUGCACAAGAAAGCACUGGAUCCUUUCAUACUCCAGGCAGAGUUCUUUGAAAUUCCAAUGAACUUUGUGGAUCCAAAGGAAUAUGAUAUUCCAGGCUUAGUGCGUAAGAAUCGCUACAAAACAAUUCUCCCAAAUCCUCACAGCAGAGUGUGCCUUACCUCAGCUGAUCAGGACGACCCCCUUAGCUCUUACAUCAAUGCUAACUACAUCAGGGGCUAUGGAGGAGAGGAAAAGGUUUAUAUUGCUACUCAGGGACCAAUAGUUAAUACUGUCAGUGAUUUCUGGAGAAUGGUGUGGCAGGAGCGUUCUCCCAUCAUUGUCAUGAUUACCAAUAUAGAAGAGAUGAAUGAGAAAUGCACAGAAUAUUGGCCAGAGGAGCAGGUCACCUAUGAAGGAAUAGAAAUCACAGUCAACCAAGUCAUACAAGCAGACGACUACCGUUUAAGGCUCAUCACCCUAAAGAAAGGAGAAGAAGUCAGAAACCUGAAACAUUACUGGUACACAUCUUGGCCAGACCAGAAGACACCAGAUCAAGCCCCACCUCUGUUACAGCUAGUACUGGAAGUUGAAGAGGCAAUGCAGAGUGCUGAAGAGAAGAAUGCCCCAGUGAUUGUUCACUGCAGUGCAGGCAUCGGGAGGACUGGCUGCUUUAUUGCAACUAGUGUCUGUUGUAAACAGCUGAAGAGCGAGGGCAUAGUUGACAUAUUGCGAACAGCCUGCCAGUUGCGGUUAGACAGGGGAGGAAUGAUCCAGACUUGUGAACAGUAUCAAUUUGUCCAUCAUGUUAUGAGCUUGUAUGGAAAACAGCUUUCUAGAGCAGCAGAAGAAUAAGUGCUCAUGAUAUUCCUAAAGGCUAAAACCAAGAGAACUUCUGACUGCAUUCAGAUAUAUUUCACAUCUGAUAAGAGGCAUAUGGUAAACUGGCUCUCUUAGCUGGAAAGAUACACUGUUUUACUUUGAUAUUGCUUUUAUGCUCUUGUUUGCAUUGACAUUUAAGAGCUGAGAUACGCCUUGUCUUAAACAUAUGUGACAGGACAUAAUAUUCACCAAAAAAGGCUUAUUUAUACUGUAAAUAAGAAUAGUAGCUUCAUUUGUUACAAAAGCAAGAAAAAAUUCAGAAAAAAUCCACUGUCUUCAGUUUGCUAUUUUUAAAAAAAACAUUGCUAAUAUAUCCAAAUACAGUGUGAAACUUUUGAAUUGUCAUGCUGAAAUGUGCCGUAUGUUGACUAAGCUUGAAAGUAACUUUUUGCCUCUUUCUGAUUGUUUUUACAUAUAAAGUUACCGAAUACUGUGUAUAUCGUAAACCUUCUGAGCCUCUGCGUUAAAAGAUUCAAGUAGAUUCACAUUGAAAUGAUAUUUCACACAUCAUGUUUGCUUGUUUAUUUUUUCUGAAGCAGUCCACCACCAGUGUUACCAGAAUUAAAGGGGAAAAAUAUUCCAAUGAUGUGUGUCAAACUCUUACCUCCAAUUCUUACCAGCAAUGUACCCCAGUAUCAUGACAGCUGGGUGAAUCUGAGGUGAACUGUAGAAGUUAAUCUGAACAUAAAUUCUUUACGCUUUACCUUUUCUUUGUCAAUAUUCUUGUGUCUGUCUUGCAACCAUGUUUGAUUUUUGCAAAUAGUUUCUCUUUUUAUGUAUUCAGACCACAAUCCAAAUAUAAUUUCCCCUGAAAUCUGAGGUUUGAAAUCAGGUGAGGAAUUUUCUGAGUUGAAUUCAUCUUUAUUAAAAAUGUAAUAAUAAAAUCACUUGUAUUCUAUUAAUUUAAACUUGUUUCAAAGUUCUGAGGGUGACCAGGUGCCCAGUGAUUAAUAAAAUUAACGCAAAUCCUGUAGGCAGCUUGAAAAAAAAAACUCAGUCUGAAUGUGUUGGUUGCUUUUUGAUACAUUUGCCCUCAAACCAAAUUUAGACAAUCAUUGUCCCAUUCUAAUCAAGUCCGGGCAGCAGUGUUCCUUUUCAAUAAUACAGAGCUGCUGCACAUGCUUCUGGUUUUGGUUGGUUUUUUUCUUUUUAGAUCUCAGUCAGGCUGUGAAGACUGUAGUUUGUGUUUAAUACUUGGAGGUAAGCACAUGUUUAAGUGCUUUUUGAGCAGAGAAAAAUGGAGGUACACAGGACCCUUAACAUGAAGGAUGAGUGUUUUGUGAAUAGACGCUGUAAUGAUCUUCUAAAAAUAUUUUUGCUUCACUUUAUUUGUAACAAUAACCAAAACCCACCACUUUUAUUAGUGCAGGGGAUUCUGAGAAUUUACUGCGCUUCCCAAUCAGGAGAAGGGUAAAGCAGCUCUCCGAACAAUAAGGAUGAUCCUGUUCCCACUGAGGUUUUGCCAUUGGCAUCAGUAGGUGCAGGGCGUAGGGCCUGAAAUGUUAUGCCUACAAAUUCAUCACUGUGGGGAAAGUUUCCCAGUGUUUCAGUACACAUACUCUGUGUUUAUUCUGUAUCCAUGAACCUGUAAAAACCCUGUCAUCAGGGUUUGCAUGAAUGUGUGGCAAAAUGUGUUAUCUUUAAACCACUUGAUUUUAUUGCUGUAUUUAAAAUAUUUCCUUCAGUGAGAAGCUAGCAGGAAGAACUGGCAUUCUUUUUAAAAAUACUGGUGGUAGUCAUUAAAUAGAGCAAUAAACUUAAGCUUUUGAGCAUAA